AGUGAAUAAUUUUUUGUGACAAACAGGUCCUUAGUAUCAUGUUGGAUUGACUUUUUAAAAUUAGCUUAUAAGCUAAAAGUUCAGAGUAAGUUAGGAAUGCUUUUUAUUUUUAGCUUAUUUUUCCUAAAAGUAAGUGCUUAAAAGAACUUUAUGUAUUUUUCAAACCUCACAAAAACAAAAACAAAAACAAAAACAAAAACAAAAAAAUCCCUUAAAAGUCAAAAAAACACUAAAAUAAGCAAAUCCAAACACCCUCUUAAUAACCAACCUACAGACUUGUUUGUUUGUGUAAAGAACCUGUCCCCCCAGUUAUCCUCAUUUCAAAUUAUUUAUCAAAACUUUCCAAAAUUUUCGUUUUUCAACAUUCAAAAACUUUCUCCGUUGUUUCUCUCUCUCUCUCUCUAAGUUAUAUAAUGGAGGUAGAAGAAGAAGUAAGAGAAUUGGAAGAACAAGUUAACCAAAUUGCUGACAAAGUUGCCGAUUACCGAACUGCACUUCCGGGUCAGCUUCAAAGUAUUUUCAGUUCAGUUAUUGCUGCUCAAAGACCCGUUUUCAAUACCCAGGGACCCGAAUCUCAACCUGGCUGCUCCAAUUACCCACCCACAUCCGAUGUUGAAGGGCGUGGUGCUGCCUUACCCGAAGAGGUGCAGAAAGAAGCUGAAAAAGCGCAGCUUCUUAAAGAGAAGAUAUCAAGUAAUGCAUCUGCCAUACCUAUUGUAAUGAACAGGAUGAAGGAAAUUAUGGCAAGGAUCGACAAAUUGCAGUCUAGCAAUAAAGUUAUCCAUCCUGCCUUCAAAAGGAGAAAAUUUAGCUGAUAAUUCCCUGCAAGAUCUGCUCGGCAUGGUAUAGAACGUGUAGCUUUUAUUAUGCUUAACAGCUUUGACUGCUGCGGAACUCGUGAGCUGUCUUCUAGAGAAAUAUUCAUUGAUAUAAAUCUAACAUUGUCAGGGAACACCUUCUUUUUGUAAUUAAAUGCAGAAUUAGUUAGUUUUGUAUUAUAAGCAUUUCUUAAUGGUUAUAGGGUUUGGUUUAUGAUGAUGAAGUGAGAUAUGUAAUCCACUUAGUUGAGGUUGUGACUUUUGUGGUGUUACAUUGUACUAGGUUUUUUAGUUCUGGAUUUGUUGUACAUGUAUUCCAUUAUUCUGUGUGCAUGGGAAGAGAAAAAUGCUUCUGUCCA